UGACAACUAGUCAAAUGUUUUCGCCUUUUUCUGUAAAACUAAAUUAUCCUAAUCAAAGUGACGAUUGAUUAAAAUUAGUUACAAUCGAUUGUAAAUAAUUCAAAUGAAAAACUAUAAAUGAAAUCAGCUGUUAGAUUGCCAUUGGUAACAACAAGUUAAGGGAAAAGAAGGUGAAAACAAAAGGUUGAUUUGAUUGUUGUUUCUCUCUUUCUUUAAUUUCCUGUAAUCAAAAAGAUGUCCUUCAAAUCCAGUUAUCCAUCAGUGGAAAAAGUUGCCGAUCAAAGUGUCCAUCCAAUUGUGGAAAAAUGUGAAACCUUCAUCAACGAACAAUUAAAAAAUGAUUUAAAGAUUAUCCAUUUAAGACAAGAAAAUAUCCACGUGCAAUUGAACAACUUUCAAGAUCUUAAAUCAUUUAUUCUUGAAUUAACUAAUAAUUCAUUUGGUUGUUCAUCUAUAAAGACACAAAUAGACAUUGGUAACAAUUUCUACAUGAGAUGUACCAUACCCAACACUGAGAAGAUCACGAUUUUCAUUGGACUUGGAUUCUAUUUGGAACUUUCCUUACAAGAGGCUUUAAAUUUCAUCGAUAAAAGAUCAAUUUUCCUUAAUUCUUGUAUCGAUAAAUUAUCGGAUCAAGGGCGUAAAGUGAAGGCUCAUAUUAAGGUGAUUCUUGAUACUCUCAGUUAUAUCCAAGAAAUUGGAGAUUCUGGUGAAAAGCGAGACUGUUAACCCAAUUGGAUAGAGAAGGAAAUUAUUAUGUCUCAACAAUUAGAAUUACCAUGUUUACCUGAGUGUAUUAAUCUUGUUAUCGGUGUUACCGGAAGUGUGGCCGCAAUUAAAAUUCCAAUUCUGUUAGAGGCGAUAAAAGACUUACCAUUGAAUAUUAUCAUUGUUGGAACUCAACAUUCAUUUCAUUU